AUGAGGGGAGUGUUGAUAAAGCGACCACUCUUUAUACUGGGGGGCAUGGGACUUAUCUUCUACUUAAGAAUGUUUUUGCAGAAUGGAUAUGAACAUAAACUGGAGACACACCAAGAGAUGGACACAUCGCGUAUGAUCAGGAGCUUUUCCGACCUGCAGGCAAGCAUCAGCAAUCUAAACAACGUACUGAGAAGUUUUGAGCAGAAGCAGGAUGCCAUGCAGAAAAUGCUGGAAGAGGACAGAGCCAGACAGAGAAAAGCUGCAAAGGUCCAACAGCCAGCAGUCCUAAAACAACCAGAGAAGCAGAAGGAAGAUGAUGCAAAUAUCCAACCCCAAAAGGAGGCAGCCCAAAAGAAAGAGUCAGGAAAACUGUUCCCUAAAUCUGCCUUAUUCAAGGAGUGGGGGAUAAAUCUCUCUGAGGAUGAUCAAAGAGAGGCUCAGAGUCUGUUUGAGAAGUAUGGAUACAAUGUAUUUCUGAGCGAUCGCCUUCCGCUGGAUCGACCUCUACCAGAUACCAGGGAUCCCCGGUGUUUGAAAAAGAGUUACCCCAAGGACCUGCCAAGUCUUGGAGUGGUGCUCAUCUACCUGAAUGAAGCCCUGUCUAUUCUCAAAAGAGCCCUGCGCAGCAUCAUCGACCGCACUCCUAAAAACCUGCUGAAGGAGAUAAUAAUGGUGGAUGACAACAGUUCUAAUGAUGAUCUGAAGGCUGACCUUGACAUGUAUGUGAAGUCACUUGAGCAGGAGAACCCUAAUCUCUCUUUUGUAAGAGUGAGGCACAGUGAACAGAGAGGUCUCGCUUAUGCCAGAGCAUCUGGGUGGAGAGCUGCUACUGCUGACGUGGUGGCCAUCCUGGAUGCACACAUUGAAGUCCAUGAGAUGUGGGCUGAACCCCUGCUGACACAAAUCAAAGCUGACCGAACUGUGGUGGUAUCCCCAAUGUUUGAUAGAGUCAACUAUGAUGAUCUCAAGGUUAUUCAGUACCCUCCUGCAACACAUGCCUUCAACUGGGCUCUGUGGUGCACGUAUGAGAGGUUUUCACCCGACUAUUACAACCUGAAUGACAGUUCACUGCCUGGGAAGAGUCCAUCCAUCAUGGGGGUCCUAGUUGCUGAUAGAAGGUUUCUUGGGGAAAUUGGAGUCCUCGAUGAAGGAAUGAAAGUUUAUGGUGGAGAAAAUGUUGAGCUGGCAAUUCGUGUCAAGUUGGAGCAAGUGUAG